GGAACUGAACCCUAUUGGGUGACGUCACUUCUGGUCGUAAUGGAGGCCGAGUGUGUACAAAUAUUUCAAAAUGCUAACAUAGAAUUUGAAAAACAGAAUUUCAAAACGGCUGAAGAGCUUUACAACAAGUUCAUUUCGUCCUGCGCACAUUACAGGGAGGGUGAAGGCUCUCGUUUGGCGACUGCUUACAACAACCGCGGCCAAAUAAAAUACUUUCGGGUGGAUUUUGACGAAGCUGUCGAGGAUUACUCCUCGGCAAUAAAGGCUGACGGCAAGUUUGCAGUAGCGUUCUACAACAGAGGAUUAAUUCAUUAUAGACUGGGUUUUUUUGAGGAUGCCGUUAGGGAUUUCCAACAAGCUUUAAACCUCAAUGAAGCCUUUGCGGAUGCCAAAGUUGGUCUUCAACGGACUCUGCUGGACCAACAGGACAAGACGAACAGAGGCUAUUGAUGUCUGUGAACAUUUGUGUCCACCCUCUGUUGAACUUAUCAACAUAGUAUUGAAUUGUCAGUUGUUUUGCCUCCAUAAACACAUUUCUAUGGUUCACAAUGGUUGCACAUUUUUGAAACAUUAACCAUCAUACUGUAUGAAAUAAAUUUCAAGCAGUUUAA